UCCUUGAACCUUUCCGUUCUCGUGUUUGAAAUGGAGGCCCCGGAGGACCACUUAGCUCGCUGGGUUGGAGUGGGGUACUGUAAGAAGGAGGCCCUGGCCUGGAGCUGGGCAGGUCCAGAGGGCUGUGCCCAGUGCAGUCUGGGGGAUGUGGUGACCCUCUGAGGGAGAGCCUCCCAGCGUCCAGGCCCACGAUGAACCCCACCCCUAACUCAGGCCACGGACCCCUGGCAGCCACGCCACCCAGGACUGCGUGGGACAAGAGAGCCGUCGCCCCGCAGGGGCCAGCAGCAGGACAGCCCCGAGCAGCCUGGCCCAGGAGGCUCAAGGCAGCCACCAGGACAUUCUGGGCCACCUGCCCUUCCUUGUCCACCGUCUUCUUCCUUUUCGUCAUCUUCAUGGUGUCCAUCAUCUUCCACUGCUGCCAGCGCCUGGCUCUAGUGCCCAACCCCUGGGCCUCCCCAGGCCGCUUGGUCCUGGUCCCUGGACACCUGCCCCCUGGGGGCAUGUUCACCAUCAACGCCAAAGGCCGCCUGGGGAACCAGAUGGGGGAGUAUGCCACCCUGUACGCGCUGGCCAGGAUGAACGGGCGGCCAGCCUUCAUCCCGCCCGAGAUGCACAGCACGCUGGCCCCCAUCUUCAGGAUCACCCUCCCGGUCCUGCACGCCAGCACAGCCCGCAGGAUCCCCUGGCAGAACUACCACCUGAACGACUGGAUGGAGGAGCGGUACCGCCACAUCCCGGGGGAGUACGUGCGCCUCACGGGCUACCCCUGCUCCUGGACCUUCUACCACCACCUGCACGCCGAGAUCCUCCAGGAGUUCACCCUGCACAACCACGUGCGCGAGGAGGCCCAGGAUUUCCUGCGAGGUCUGCGGGUGAACGGGAGCCGGCCGAGCACCUACGUGGGGGUGCACGUGCGCCGGGGGGACUACGUGCACGUGAUGCCCAACGUGUGGAAGGGCGUGGUGGCCGACCGGCGGUACCUGGAGCAGGCCCUGGACUGGUUCCGGGCUCGCUACCGCUCCCCCGUCUUUGUGGUCUCCAGCAACGGCAUGGCCUGGUGUCGGGAAAACAUCGAUGCCUCCCGCGGCGAUGUGGUGUUUGCCGGCAAUGGCAUCGAGGGCUCCCCCGCCAAAGACUUCGCGCUGCUCACGCAGUGUAACCACACUGUCAUGACCAUUGGCACGUUCGGGAUCUGGGCCGCCUACCUCGCUGGUGGAGAGACCAUCUACCUGGCCAACUUCACCCUGCCCACCUCCCCCUUCCGGAUGGUGUUUAAGCCCGAGGCAGCCUUCCUGCCAGAGUGGGUGGGCAUUGCAGCCGACCUGUGGCAGGCCAGAGACAAUGGCCCCUAGCCCCGUGUCCCUGCCUCACCCUCGGCUCUGCACACCGUGUGGGGUGCAGCACGCAGGCUCGGAUGCCUGCAUUUAAAUCCAGGCUGCUCUGCUUCCCGGCUGGGUGACUUUGGAUGAGUGACUUAAUCUCUCUGUGCCUUAGUAUGCCACCUGAGAAACAAAUGGGACGCAGCUCCUCCUAAGAACACGAUGAAUUCAUGUAGGGCCUCGGAAACAGGUGGUAAAGUGUUGGCUGUUAACACGUCUCUGGGUGUCGUGCCCUGGACAUUGGGACUGCGUUAAGGUGGGUGGAAAUGUAUUUUUGCCCUCUCCUUCUUUAUAGCCCUGGGAGCAUAGGUCCAGAUGUUUUGUACUUGUCUCCUGGAAGGGCUUGGCGAUGAAACUGUUCUUGCCCUCAAGUAAAGGGGAGCUGGCUGGUGGCUAAGAAUUCAGGCGUUGGGUCCAAGGGGGCCUUGUGAUGAGAGAAUGUGAGGGAAAACAGGCCGUGAGAGGCUGACUCAGGGAGAGACCCUCUCGCGGAGGGGCAGGGGGAGGGCCUCACAGCGACAGCGGGACUCAGCAGCAGGCCUUGGCCUGCAGCAGCGAAGAUGCCCAGAGUCCGCAGGUCAUGGAGCAGCAGGCUGACCCCACAGGGGCAGGGGCCACGGAGACUUGCCAUGGCCAUGUCCACCCGUGUGGACAGGUGAUCUGACACCUUGGCACUGCCUGUGCCCCAGGGCCUAAUGCCACUGUGAGAAACCCCAGUAUGGACAAAAGUCGGAUUAGGUGAUCAUGAUACUGGUUUUCUUGUGUUUGACGCAUCUUAAAGCAUGAAGAUAACCAGUAUUUUUAUUGGAUCCUUUUUGGAUAUGAAAAAAAUGUAAAGUUACUUAUGCUCAUUUAAAAUUUCCACCAAACAUGGGUGAACUGGUUUAGAAAACGUUUCAGCCACAUUUCGUUCCCAUUUUAAAACCUGUUCCAAGUGUCUUACUUAUUUGCUUCCCGUGUCUUGGCAUACGGUGCGGUCGAGUGCCCUUCCUCUCCUGUGGGAGCAAUACUGUCUUCCCAGAGCCCUAAGUCCUCGGUGGUUAA